AUGCUGCAGCUGAAUUACUACCAUGGAGAGAUAUACGAAAAGUACAAAAUUAACAACGUGCUGUCGGUACUUGUGGACAAACAUAAGUUUCAAAAUCAAAGCAUCGAUUUUAAUGAACUGAGCAACAGAAAGAACAACUAUAGCAUAAUGGCACUUUUAGGAAGCCAGAUAAAAAAUAUGAACGAUGAAUUAUAUAAAGACAUUGAUACCAAUGACAUAAUUUUAGCAUUGUCCAAGUUAAAACAAAUCGAUGAACAAAUUACAAUAAACGAAAGUCAAAAUAAAGACUAUGUCUUAGAACUGGCAGAACAACUGUAUUAUGAAUAUUUGCAAAAGGGAAUAAUUACUAAUGAUAAUUCUUUUCAUUUAAAUAAUAAAAAAAACUUCAUCACAAUAAAUUUACAGUUAAUGAAUGAAAUAAAUUCUGUAAUUAGGAAUAAUGAAAACAGAAUUCAAUACUUACGUUCUUACCAUCCAGGUGAAGGAGUUCAAAAGGAUACAUUUUCCAUAAUCUCAGUGCAUCCUGAGGACACAGAUAAGUACAGUUUUACCAUGUUGAAUGAAAGGGAAGAUUAUUAUAACAUGAAUCAUCAUGAGCAUAGUGAUAGAAGCAAAGCUCGUUUAGAUGAAAAUAGAUACACAAGUAGGAUUAGUCAAUUAUAUCCAAAUACAAAUGAGCUAGAUCCAGUGGAUGAAAUGAAUGCAAACCUUUUGAAGGAUGUCAAUGAUUAUAACAGUCAUAGGGAAACCGUCCUUAACGAUUGCGAAAAUGGUCAAAAUUACGUAAGUUUGAAAAAUGAAAAGAGGAAUACCAUUACUCAAGUAGGAAAUCCUUACAACCAUUACGGAAAGUUAAACAAGGAGAAUGCAAGAUCCAAUACCAAUGACAAGAAGGGUGAUGCUCUUAGCUCGAACGACAGGCACAGUGGGAAUGAUAUAGAAAAUGACUCAAACCAUAAUAUUGGUAACAGGAAGAUCGAUCUCUAUCAUUAUCGAAAGGAUGCAACCAACAGCACCUAUUGUAACAGCGUCGAAAAUGAGAACGUAGAUUUGAACACAGAUUGCAAUGAGGGAACAAGCAGAAGAAAUAAUCAGAACUUUAAGAUCGACGUGCUGAAUGGAGAAGCAGUCGAUGGAGAGAAUAACAAUCAAGGCAGUGACAAUGGAAUUAAUGACAAUAAUGGAAAUAAUAGAGAUAAUGGAAAUUAUAGAGAACUUAGACAGCACAGACAAAACAGUCAUCACCGAGAGGAUCGAAACGACAGACUCUCGAUACAUGAACGUAGGAGAAGCAGCUUUAGUAGCGCGACGCGCAACCAUCAAGGGGAGAAAACAUUAUUUGAUGAUCCAUUGAAAGGGGAAUAUUUGAAGAGAAGGACAGUGCAUAACGAAAAAGUAGAAGAGGAUAAUAGCUUAGCAGAUAAUAAUCGUAGAAUUAGUGUUCUUAGAAAUGCACACGGUUUAAACACAAGAAUAGACAAGGAAAAUAUACAUAGGAGGAAUAAAUUUUACGAAGCUGAUAAUGUUAGUAGAAUGAGUAUGAACUUUUAUGGCCAUCGACAUCCUAGGGCUCAUGCAAGCGGAAUUUCAAAAAAUAAAUCUGACAAAAAUAAUGAUUUUUUAUACAAAGACGAAUUAAACAACUAUGUUAAUAACAGAAAUGAAUUGAAGAGAACCAUGAGUAAUAUAACUAAUAUGGAUGCAUGCAAUUCUAGGGCAAAUAUAUUUAGAAAAAAAGUUUUCCAUAAUGACACAUUCACCAAAAAGGGCAUUAACAACAUAAACAACAACUAUGUAAAUAAUGUUUUAGAAAAUAUUGACAAAGCAGAACAAGAAAUUGUUAACAAUCAUUUGAAAAAUUCUCUUACACAGAAUGAAUAUGUUGCACGAAGAAUGAGUUCCAUACUUUUGAAUCCUGCCAUGCCUCAGAAGGAAAUCUUUAACAAUAGAAUUUCUUAUGAAAAUCAAAGUAUAGUCAAAUUUGGAAACAGAAAUACACAUAAUAAUAAUUACAGCAGGGAUGUCUCAUUGAGCAAAUACAGUAUUUCUGGCCAAAGAAAGAAUUACACUACCGACACAAAUAAUAACAGUAGUUUUAUCAUAAGUAGCAGCAUAAACAAACAUAAUACAUCGGAUGAAGAUUCGAUUACUCACGUAAUGACAGGAGGAGGAGGUGAACAUGAAAAUAAAAAUUUCCAUAUGAGGCCAAGAAAUAACUAUUUGAUGGAAAAUAAUAUGAAAGAAAAAAACAUCAAUUAUAACAUCUUAGAGAGAAAUAACACCUCAAACACACCUUUAAUAAAUAUGGAUAAUAUGAGUAACUUCUCUCGCAACAUUCCAAAAUCUAUAGAAUCCAAUUUAAAUAUGUAUACAAACAAAUACUCCAGAGCUCUAGACAUAAAUGACCUUAAUAGUAAUACUAGUAGAAAUCAUGUUAAUAGUUCUAACAGCUUUAAAAGCGAUUUCACUACGGUACGAGACAAUUAUGGCAAAAUGUUGGAUAGGUCAAAAUCAUUAACGUCUCAUAUUUACAGAGUUCCCAUUAUGCAAAGGUAUAUUUAG